AUGGAGGAUAUUCAGGCUCAUGUACUUAGACAAUAUUUGUUAAACUCUGAUUUCUGCUUAAACCUCAACCCAACAAUGACCAACCCAGCAAUGACCAACCCAGCAAUGACCAACCCAACACUCACCAACCCAACACUCACCAACCCAACACUCACCAACCCAACACUCACCAACCCAACACUCACCAACCCAGCAAUGACCAACCCAACAAUGAUCAACCCAACAAUGACCAACCCAACAAUGACCAACCCAACAAUGACCAACCCAGCACUGACCAACCCAGCACUGACCAACCCAGCACUGACCAACCCAGCACUGACCAACCCAGCACUGACCAACCCAGCAAUGACCAACCCAGCAAUGACCAACACUGACCAACCCAACACUGACCAACCCAACACUGACCAACCCAACACUGACCAACCCAACACUGACCAACCCAACACUGACCAACCCAGCAGUGACCAAGCCAGCAGUGACCCACCCAACACUGACCCACCCAACACUGACCCACCCAACACUGACCCACCCAACACUGACCCACCCAACACUGACCCACCCAACACUGACCCACCCAACACUGACCAACCCAACACUGACCAACCCAACACUGACCCACCCAACACUGACCCACCCAACACUGACCCACACAACACUGACCCACCCAACACUGACCCUAAAGUAUGCAAUUAA